AAGAAAAGAUCUAUGCAAAGAUCCUCAAAAUUUGAUGUCAAUGAAAAAUUGCUUUUUCACGGAACCAAACCAGAUGUUGUUAACCCAAUUCUACACCAGGGAUUGGACAUGAGGCUGGUAGAAAAUGGUUUGUAUGGUGAUGGUUGUUAUUUUGCUACGGAAUCUAGAAUAUCUGAUGGUUAUACUGUAGCAGAUCAAGAUGGUUUUCGUUACAUGUUUGUUUGCAAAGUUUUAGUUGGAAAAUAUACAGAAGGCACGCCAAAAAUGAAGAAACCUCCACCAAUUGACCCACGUGACCCCAAUAUAAUGUAUGAUUCAGCUGUUAAUUGUGAAGAUAGACCAAAUAUAUUUAUUAUAUUUGAUAACAGUCAAUGCUACCCUGAAUACCUAAUAACUUAUGUUUAA